AUGUGUACGAAAUUUAUUGGCAGUGCUGACACCACAUUAUAAAACAAAUUGCUUAAGGGGAAAAAAAACUUUAAACCCAAAUUACACACCAAAACAAUAAAAAAGAAAUAUUCCCUCGUGAAAAGUCUACAAUUGUCUCUCUUUCUACAAAAUUUCUGCAAAAUUCCGUGGUUACAGAGAGAUGGAGAGCUUCAAAGCUUUAACGCAUUCUUGUUUGUAAAUGGCGGUUACUUGGUUUCGCGGCGGCAAUUGAAAUCGCAGGAAAAUCAGCUGGUAUCCGAACUUCCUUUACCUAAAAUAAUUUUACAGAAACUAGAAUUCCGGAGGUGAAAUUGUAGUCUUUGGCUGGAGAAAUUAGAGCAUUCGAAUUCAUCAACCAAGUUCAGGGGGAGUUUGCCCCAAACCUGGAAAUACAACUCUUUACCUGUUGCCUUGAGUGUGAACUUGCCAGCACCAUGAUGAUUGUAGAUGACGUUGAGAAUGGCAGUUUGGGGCCUUACCAGGAUAGACCAAGGACUUUCCCCAACAUGCGUAGCAAGCCUUAUACUCCUUUGAUUUUUCGAAUUCUCAUGGGAAUAAAUGUUCGUAUUCUUGUUAUACUUCUCCUUUUGGGCUUUGGAUAUGUCUUUUACAUUGGAGCAAGUACUUCUCCAAUCAUUGUUUUUGUCUUCUCAGUUUGCAUCAUCAGCUUCCUUUUGUCUAUAUAUCUUACAAAGUGGGUCCUUUCCAAGGAUGAAGGGCCUCCAGAGAUGGCUCAGAUAUCAGAGGCUAUACGUGAUGGAGCAGAAGGUUUCUUCAGGACACAGUAUGGUACUAUCUCCAAGAUGGCAUUUUUGCUAGCUCUGGUGAUUCUUGGCAUAUAUUUGUUUCGCAGUACAACUCCUCAACAAGAAUCCUCAGGCAUAGGAAGGGUAACAUCUGCAUAUAUCACUGUUGCUGCAUUUCUUCUGGGGGCUCUAUGUUCAGGUGUUGCUGGCUAUGUUGGGAUGUGGGUAUCAGUUCGUGCAAAUGUCCGUGUCUCCAGUGCAGCAAGACGGUCUGCAAGGGAGGCCUUGCAGGUAGCUGUCCGUGCUGGUGGUUUUUCUGCCUUGGUGGUGGUUGGUAUGGCUGUGAUUGGUAUAGCUAUCCUUUAUGCAACAUUUUAUGUUUGGUUGGGAGUGGAUUCACCUGGUUCGAUGAAGGUUACAGAUUUGCCUCUCCUUCUUGUGGGAUACGGUUUUGGAGCUUCAUUUGUUGCCCUGUUUGCUCAGUUGGGUGGUGGGAUAUAUACAAAAGCAGCUGAUGUUGGGGCAGAUCUUGUUGGAAAAGUAGAACAGGGAAUACCUGAAGAUGAUCCUAGAAAUCCGGCAGUAAUUGCAGAUUUGGUUGGAGACAAUGUUGGCGAUUGCGCUGCUCGAGGUGCAGAUCUUUUUGAAAGCAUUGCAGCAGAGAUAAUUAGUGCAAUGAUUCUUGGUGGAACAAUGGCUCAGCGUUGUAAAAUUGAAGACCCAUCUGGCUUCAUUCUGUUUCCUCUUGUUGUGCACUCAUUUGACCUGGUGAUAUCAUCAAUUGGAAUACUUUCAAUUAGGAGUACUCGUGACUCCAGUGUGAAAGCUCCAAUAGAGGAUCCAAUGGCAAUCCUUCAGAAAGGAUACUCUGUUACAAUAGUUUUGGCUGUACUGACAUUUGGUGGGUCUACUCGGUGGUUGCUUUAUACUGAACAAGCACCUUCUGCAUGGUUGAACUUUGCCUUGUGUGGGCUGGUUGGAAUUAUUACAGCUUAUGUUUUUGUCUGGAUAACCAAAUAUUACACUGACUACAAGCAUGAGCCUGUACGCACAUUAGCUCUUUCUAGCUCCACGGGGCAUGGGACUAACAUUAUUGCUGGAGUCAGUCUGGGCCUGGAGUCGACAGCUCUUCCUGUUCUUGUGAUAAGUGUAUCUAUUAUUUCUGCUUUUUGGCUGGGUCACACCUCAGGACUGGUGGAUGAAACAGGAAGUCCAAAUGGUGGGUUGUUUGGCACAGCUGUAGCAACAAUGGGAAUGCUCAGCACUGCUGCUUAUAUCUUAACGAUGGAUAUGUUUGGCCCAAUAGCUGAUAAUGCUGGUGGAAUUGUAGAGAUGAGCCAGCAGCCAGAGAGUGUGCGAGAGAUUACAGAUGUUCUUGAUGCUGUUGGGAACACGACAAAAGCUACCACCAAAGGUUUUGCCAUUGGAUCUGCAGCACUUGCUUCUUUUCUUCUGUUUAGUGCAUAUAUGGAUGAGGUUGCAUCUUUUGCUAAUGAAUCUUUUAAACAGGUGGAUAUUGCAAUUCCUGAGGUUUUUGUUGGUGGAUUGUUGGGAUCCAUGCUUAUAUUCUUGUUUAGUGCAUGGGCCUGUUCUGCAGUUGGUCGAACGGCUCAGGAGGUUGUUAAGGAAGUAAGAAGACAAUUUAUUGAGAGGCCUGGGAUCAUGGACUACAAGGAGAAACCAGAUUAUGGUCGCUGUGUUGCUAUUGUAGCAUCGGCAUCUUUGAGGGAGAUGAUAAAGCCUGGUGCAUUGGCUAUCAUAUCACCAAUAGUAGUUGGUUUUUUGUUCCGUGUUUUGGGACACUAUACUGGACAUCCUCUACUUGGAGCAAAAGUUGUAGCUGCUAUGUUGAUGUUUGCAACAGUUUCUGGCAUUUUAAUGGCUCUCUUUCUUAACACUGCCGGAGGUGCAUGGGAUAAUGCGAAGAAGUUUAUUGAGACAGGAGCUCUUGGUGGAAAAGGCAGUGAUUCUCAUAAAGCAGCUAUUACCGGAGAUACCGUUGGAGAUCCAUUCAAAGACACGGCUGGACCAUCACUUCACGUGCUAAUUAAAAUGCUAGCUACAAUAACGCUUGUUAUGGCACCAGUGUUUCUAUGAAAAGGGUAUGUCUAUUAUCCUAUGUUGUGUUGUGUUGAGUAGAAUCAGACGGCACCCAUUAAUCCAUUAUUUACCUUUUGAGUUCUUAGGUAUUUUGCGCACACACAUAGGAAGAGAGAAAAAGAGAUUAGGUAUUUUGAUGUAAUAUCAAUGGCAUGGGUGUUGAAUCUGAUUAAUAGCCUCAGUAAAUGUUGUUCUUUUUAAUUUGCUUAAUCUGAAAUAAGAGAGGUUAACAGAGUGCAAACCAUUUUGGUUUUUCUAGUUUAGUGUACUUUUCACCCAACUUUUUUAUUGUAAUAAAUCGAUAAUAUGGUAGUUUUGCCUUUUUUUUUUUAA